AUGUCUAUGUCCAACUCCGCCUGGCGCGCUUUGCACUACAGUGCAAAGCGUCGUGCUUUCCAGCCUGUUACCCCGUACCGCUGUUUCUCCUGCGCCAGCCGCAUCCAGCAGAACAAGUCCGAGAAUGACCGCAUGACACACUUCGGCUUCACCAAUGUCCCAGAGUCAGAGAAGGAGACGCGAGUUGGCGCUGUCUUCAGCUCCGUCGCAGCCUCCUACGACCGCAUGAACGAUCUCAUGUCCCUGGGCAUCCACCGCCUCUGGAAAGACCACUUCGUGCGAUCCCUAAACCCAGGCUCGUGCCUCCCCGCCCUGACCGCCGACAAACCCGGCUGGAACAUCCUUGACAUCGCCGGCGGGACCGGCGACAUCGCGUUUCGGAUGCUUGACCACGCCACGAAUAUCAACCACGACAUGGAGACUCGCGUCACGAUCAGUGAUAUCAACGCUGAUAUGCUGGCUGAGGGUCGCAAGCGCUCCCUCGAUACCCCCUACUACAACACCAAGCGAUUGGACUUCAUCGAAGCGAACGCCGAACACAUGCCGCAUAUCCCGGACGCCUCGGUGGAUCUCUACACUGUUGUUUUCGGUAUCCGAAACUUCACGGACAAGCAGGCUGCGUUGAAUGAGGCGUACCGUGUUCUCAAGCCCGGUGGUGUCUUUGCCUGCAUGGAGUUCAGCAAGGUCGAUAACCCUGUGCUGGAUGGAAUCUACAAGCGCUGGAACUUCAGUGCUAUUCCUCUUAUUGGACAGGUUGUUGCGGGUGAUCGAGACAGCUACCAGUAUCUGGUUGAGAGCAUUGAGCGCUUCCCCAGCCAGGAGGAGUUCAGGGGCAUGAUCCAAAAGGCUGGAUUCAUGAUUCCUGGCCAGGGCUUCGAGAACCUUACUGGUGGAAUCGCUGCCAUUCACAAGGGUAUCAAGCCAAUUUCCAAGGCUUAA